AUGAAAGUUUCUGUCAUCUUCCUCAUCCUGAGCCUAUCCAGCCUGCUUCUUGAGGCUAACCCAGGAAUCAAGGUGAAAAUCACAAAGAAAGCAUUGGACUAUGGUAAGCAAUCUAGUAUAGAGUUUCUGAAGCAGAGAUUAAAGGAAGAGACCUUUAAAGACCAGAGUGGACAAGAUACAUAUGGAUUUAUUGGAUUCAACUACACAGUUUCAAAGAUAAAAAUUGAUAACGUGGAAUUCCCCAAUACAUCCUUGUCUCUCAUUUCUGGAACGGGGAUUAAACUAGUAGUUAAAGAUGCUUCAGCAACAGUUAGUGCAGAUUGGAGCGUGAAGACCUGGCUAUUCAAACAUUCUGGAAGCGGGAGUUUCUUCAUUUCAGGAAUGUCUAUCACAGCGGUUGUAAAAGUAUCUCACAGUGUAUCGGGUUGUCUAAAAUUGUCACUUGAAAGCUGUGAAACAGUAGUAGCUGAUAUUGACAUCCAGCUGAAUCAAGCUUAUAGAUGGGUGAAUACAUACUUUACCACUGCUCUGAUAGAGCCUCUGUGUAUCUUUGUGGGCUCAAGUUUGUGUCCAAAAUUGGAUUCUGAGAUCCAACUGCUUAAUGAAGAAUUCAGCAAGUGUCCAGCCCAAACUCAGAUCAAUCCUUUUGAAAUAAUAGACUAUUCUCUGAUAAACAGUUCAUCUAUCUCUGAAUCAUCAAUUGACUUGGAUUUAAAGGUAACAGUCUAUCCAGUGGAAAAAAUCACAGAGCCACCCUUCAAGCCAACCGCUUUCGAUCUUCCAGAUGAGAACAACUCUAUGAUCUAUGUAGGAAUCUCAGAAUAUUUCUUUCAGUCUGCUUUACUAGCUUAUUACACAUCCAGGAGUUUUGACAACUCUGCUGAACAGGAGCUUUCUUCUUACUUCAACUUAACCACAGAUACAUUGAAAAACAUCAUUCCCACUAUUGCUCAACUUUAUGUAGAGCCACUUCCAGUAAUUAUGAGCGUAGGAAUUACUGAUGUACCUGUGAUUAGUCUGCACAAUGAUAAAUUAAUCCUGGAGUUUGCUGGUUCUAUGGCAGUAUUGGCAAUGCUGCCAAACUCAACCACCCAAUCCAUGUUCACCUUGAACAUAAUAGCUGGAACUCAUGCAAAUUUGACUAUAUUUGACCAGAGGUUGAUAAUUACAUUGUGCCUGGACAGUGUCCUCGCCAUGUCACAAAGUCAAACUUUUUUUUCAAUGCAGGCUUCACUUCUGGAUAAUUUCGUGUCUUACAUUUUACAAACUGGAAUAAUUCUAGCAGCCAAUGCCAAACUAAAGGAUGGAAUUCCUCUGCCUCUCUUGGACACAGUGAUACUUAUGAAGCCCAAUGUUAGAAUUUACCAGGGUUUCUUGCUGAUUUCCACUGACAUGAUAUAGGAAGCCUAUGAUAACCAGGAAGAUCUAGAUCUCCAAGCAAAUGAUGACAAUUUUUUUUUUUUUACUAUAGAUGCAUAA